AUGAAGCGCUCUAUUCCAGAAGCGUUUCAUGGCUCUAUUUCUGAGGGUGAAAAUGCAAAGGAAUUUAUUGAUGAAAUUGAACAAUACUUUGCCAAAAUUGAGAAGGCGGAGAUGAGUAACCUUUUGGCUAAACUCAUCUCCAUGAAGUAUAAGGGCAAAAGUAAUAUAAGGGAGUACAUAAUGGAAAUGUCUAACUUGGCAUCUAAACUGAAAGCACUUAAGUUAGAGCUUGGUGAAGACCUGCUCAUGCAUUUAGUUUUGAUCUCACUUCCUGCACACUUUGGGCAAUUCAAAGUGAGUUAUAACACUCAGAAGGACAAAUGGUCCCUUAAUGAGCUUAUGUCUCACUAUGUGCAAGAGGAAGAGAGGCUGCAGAGAGACAGAUCUGAAAGUGUUCAUUUAAGCUCCACCUCUCAAAAUAAGAAAAGAAAGAAAACCAAAGGUGUUGCUGAAGGGUCUUCUUAA